CCCCGUCCCAGGCAGGCGCGCGGACCGGCCAGGUGCGGCUAUUUUGGGACCACUGCGCGUCGCUAGACGUGUUUUUCUUCUCCCUUCGUUUCCGGAUCUAUUCAGCCUCCCCACCUGUGCUAUUCUUCGUGACCCCAUUUCUCGCCAUAUUUAAACUGAUGUAAACAUGUUUCUCGUCCUGUUCUGUUCUGGCCUCCGCAGCGUGCGGACGUGCCUCUGUCCUGUCGUAGCCGUCGCACCGUUCGUUGGACACCGCAAUAUAGAAAUACCUCUUCAGUGCUGUGUCGGGAAGUGCGGAAGCAACGAGACACAGUGAGCAACAGUGAGCGGGCGGAGUUAGAAUCGGGCGUGUGCGGCGCGUGCUCAACUUUUCAUUCUACACAAGUUACCUUACCUUCACCCCUCUACCUUUCCUGGUCUGCUGAAUUGUGGGCCUCCUUGUCGCUUGAAUUGUGACUUCUAUCUCUACUCACUUAACCUUCCCAUUUUACCCUUCCUGGUCUGCUGAAUUGUGGGCCUCCUUGUCGCUUGAAUUGUGACUUCUAUCUCUACUCACUUAACCCUCCCAUUUACCCUUCCUGGUCUGCUGAAUUGUGGGCCUCCUUGUCGCUUGAAUUGUGACUUCUAUCUCUCACCUGUGUCACGCUGAAUUGCCGUGGCCCCUGGCUGCUGAAUUGUGGCCAUCCUUCAUAUCCAAUCAAUCUGCCUAAAACCCUUUGCCUACUUGUGUUGAAUAGGGUGGCACGAGUUUCAUUUCACCCAAAUGCCGUGGACCCGCUGGUCUGAUUAGCCCCAGAAAGGAGUGUUUACAGUCCGCUCCGCCAGAGGAGAGUCGGGCGCCGCGCGGAGCGGCGUCCCGUCGAGCACAGGCCGGCGCGUGGCCGCGACAUUUACUGGUCCUCCGGGCCGGAUCUGAACCGGCAGCAUGUCAGCAACAGGAGAAACAGAACAGCCUCCUGCAGCAGACCUGGAAGAGAGCGUCCUUAGAGAGGAGCGUAACGAAGGGGUGAGUGAAGAGUUGAAAGUGCUGCGCCGGAAAAGGGGACAGAAGUUAGCAGCCUUUUCCCGCGUAUGCCACAGAGCCGAGUCCAUCAUCGCCGUUCGUGGAAGUCGCUCAACCUUAGAAGGAUUGUACGCGACAGUCGAUGCGGCGUUAGAAGGCAUCAUCACAGCUAAUGAUGCACUGGAAGCCUGCCUGUCGUCUGAAGCAGAUAAGGCUGAUGCAGAGGAGUACUGUGCUAAGGCAGAACGUGAUAGAGAAGAUAUCGUUGAAAGAAUCACCCAGCAUCUAGCAGAGCGCAAAGAUGAGCCACCAUCAGAAACUGGAUCUGUCGUUUCUGUCGCUCAGAAGAGCCAGACGAGUGCCGUCUCAAGAGCAUCUCAAGUCGAAGCAGAGGUUGCAUCAAAGAUUAAAGCACUACGCCUACAGCAGCUUAAGCGCAGGCAAGAAGAACAGCGACUGCAAGAAAAUCGAGAAGAGGAGAAACAGCGCCGCAGGCAAGAAGAGCAGCGCCAGGAGAGAGAAGCCGAAAGACGAAGACAGCUUCAAGAUGCUGAAGAUGAAGCUGAAGCAGCCCAGCUCGAAGCUGAUCUGCGUAGAGAGCUCAACGAUGACCUCCAACACGAAAGGAGGAACGAUUUCGAAGAUGAGUUGUUUGCAACAAAGGAAGCCGGAAUCAGAAGUCAUCAGCGAGAAGUACAGCUGUCGCGUGAUAGGCCGGCUACAGCACCAAGCCAUGAAAUGGAGGAACGUCGUGAAGAGCCGGUCAAAGGUUCAGGAUCUCAUCAGAUGAGGCAAAACACGUCAUGGAUAGGAGAGCUGCGCAGUUCGCGUCAGACCCAGCGCACAGAGAGCGCAGCUCCGUUUUCAGCCUUCGCGAAGAGUAUCCCAAAACUGACCCUUCCGACCUUCAGUGGUAAGGCUUCAGAAUGGCCGAGAUGGAGCGGAUUGUUCAAAGCGCUGGUGCACGAUCAGCCGUCCCUCUCGGACACAGAAAAGAUCGCCCACCUUCAGUCAUCGGUGAGUGGACUAGCGCAGCAGACAAUUUCUGGCAUGUUAUACGAUGGAAGUCUGUACCACCAAGCGUUGAAAGCCCUCGAGGAGCGGUUUGGUCAAGAUGACGAUAUCAUCAAACACAACCUCAACAGCAUCUUCAACGCCCCAGACCCGAUGGAAGAUGAUGCAGAAGCGCUGGAAAGAUUCCAAGCGACGGUACACUGCGCCGUGACUAUCCUUCACAGCAUGGGGGCAGAUGCUGACCUUCACAGCAGUGAUAGCUUGCAUCGGACGGUGGAAAAACUACCCCGGGACCUGAGAAGAGAGUGGGGAAAGUUCUCGCUGGAACUGAAGCCGACCAGACCAUCACUUCUAGACGUGGACUCGUGGCUGAAGACCCAAGUGAAGAUCAGCAGAAGUUGUCCCAAGGGAAAAGGGAACGGCGAAGAAGUCGGCGCCAGGCAAAGAAAGGAACGCGCCGAUGAGAUCGUCCAAAGACAAACCUUCUUCACAGCCGCGAAUCCAAAGCACAAGCAGAUGUGCUCGGCAUGUGAAGGCCAGCACGAUCUGCAACAGUGUCAGAUCUUCAUCGGGAAGUCUCCUGAUGUCAGGCUCGAGCACGCAUUCAACCAGCGGUUGUGCCUCUACUGCCUCAGGAAGGGCCAUCGCGUGGCAGACUGCGGAAAGGCAAGGCGCUGUGAAAGUGAUGGCUGCAAGUACCGACAUCACGCCCUUCUCCAUGGAAGUCGGCCAGUCAGAUCGCGACAGCCUGAUGACUCGGUGGCAAAGCCUGAAUCGGGCAGCGAGGGAGCAGACGCAGCAGCACCGGGGGCGGUGCCUUCCCUCCUCCCAGAGCCUGCGCAGCAGGUAAUGUUUGUCCAGAGCAGAGUCGGCGCUGGAGAGCUCCUGUCCGAACAGGAAAAGGAAUGGCGAGCCACAGGAGCUUCCAAGACCAAACACAGCCAGCCAGUGCCACAGUCUCCAACACGACUCCAACACGCCGCGGGACAUGCGGCCGCUCGCCCGCGUGACCCAGGUGUUACCGGGACCAGAUGGAUGAGUCCAUUCUGUCCAGAUCAAGGCGGCAGGACGAUGCGAGAAUAGAUGGCCGUAGUCAAGAUCGCGGUGCUGGAAGAGAAGUGUGCAAAUGCUGAGAAUAGUUAUGUAAAUACGUGUAUCGUGUUUCGUUCGCGCCAGCCGGUUAGAGAAAGCCGACGAUUGCUCGCCCUCUCCAGACGCAGCCCAGUCGAGGCCGUCUAUCAGCCGAUACAUCAGCGGCGGUACUGUGUUUAGUGUUCUCGUGGAGUCGAACACGGGGGGCGGGAUGUGACCGCCGCAUGUACGUGUGAAUGUAUAUGCACCGGCUGUGGCUCGUCGCCGGCCAGGUAGACCGCCGGGACCGGCCGGCCGCGAGGGCGCCGGCCGCCCGGGCCCGGCCUGACCGGGCCGCCUGACCCUUCCGCCGCCGCGCAGCCUGGGAGGGCCGAGACCGGCCCCCCUGUUUUUGACGGCGGCGUCUGGAAUGUGUAUUGUCCACGCCGGCGUCCCCGUCCCAGGCAGGCGCGCGGACCGGCCAGGUGCGGCUAUUUUGGGACCACUGCGCGUCGCUAGACGUGUUUUUCUUCUCCCUUCGUUUCCGGAUCUAUUCAGCCUCCCCACCUGUGCUAUUCUUCGUGACCCCAUUUCUCGCCAUAUUUAAACUGAUGUAAACAUGUUUCUCGUCCUGUUCUGUUCUGGCCUCCGCAGCGUGCGGACGUGCCUCUGUCCUGUCGUAGCCGUCGCACCGUUCGUUGGACACCGCAAUAUAGAAAUACCUCUUCAGUGCUGUGUCGGGAAGUGCGGAAGCAACGAGACACAGUGAGCAACAGUGAGCGGGCGGAGUUAGAAUCGGGCGUGUGCGGCGCGUGCUCAACUUUUCAUUCUACACAAGUUACCUUACCUUCACCCCUCUACCUUUCCUGGUCUGCUGAAUUGUGGGCCUCCUUGUCGCUUGAAUUGUGACUUCUAUCUCUACUCACUUAACCUUCCCAUUUUACCCUUCCUGGUCUGCUGAAUUGUGGGCCUCCUUGUCGCUUGAAUUGUGACUUCUAUCUCUACUCACUUAACCCUCCCAUUUACCCUUCCUGGUCUGCUGAAUUGUGGGCCUCCUUGUCGCUUGAAUUGUGACUUCUAUCUCUCACCUGUGUCACGCUGAAUUGCCGUGGCCCCUGGCUGCUGAAUUGUGGCCAUCCUUCAUAUCCAAUCAAUCUGCCUAAAACCCUUUGCCUACUUGUGUUGAAUAGGGUGGCACGAGUUUCAUUUCACCCAAAUGCCGUGGACCCGCUGGUCUGAUUAGCCCCAGAAAGGAGUGUUUACAGUCCGCUCCGCCAGAGGAGAGUCGGGCGCCGCGCGGAGCGGCGUCCCGUCGAGCACA